CGCUCAAGGGUCGACAGCCAUAUUUGACUCUCAUGACAAAUACAGAUGGGGUGUCCAAAAAAAAGUCUCACAACAGUUUACUUGCGUUUAUUACGAUUCGAUUGUACCAGAUUGGUGUAGUUGUCAAUUAAUUGAUAAGACAUAUCUGUAUAAAUGGUGCGAAAAGUUCGAAAAAUUGACACAGUAACUUUGAAGAUUUUAUUAGCGAACGGACUGUUUUUACGUAUUUUAACUGUUGAGAGGAAAUUCGUAAGAGAGUGAAUAUGUUAAACCAAGCUGUAGUCGAGGCUUUAUAUUCCGCAACAUACAUCGAGAAUUAUUUGGAUUGUGUGGAAAAUUUGCCAAACGAUUUACAAAGACACGUUUCCCGGCUUCGAGAGCUCGAUGCCACUUGUCAAACAUACUUGCGUGAAGUAGAUCAACAACAAGAGGCAUUACGGAAUGACACAGACUUGACGGUUAGAAGAAGAGCACUUUUAAGAGUUCAGCAGGCAUUGAUUGCUGCACAAGAAAUAGGAGAUGAAAAGUUACAAAUUGUUCAACAAGUUCAAGAUCUCAUAGAAAACAAAUCCAGGCAAUUGGAUUUAGAUUAUCGUAACCUUGAUUUUGGGAAAGAACAAGAGAGCAGCGAAUCAACGCGAGAAACAAAUGCAAAUGUUAAUACAAAUUCUUCUGGUAAUGCAAACAAUUCAGAGAGACAAACAAAGAGGGCUAGGAGGACAAGAACAGAGACAUUAGUUGAAUCCUCUAAUGCAAUGGAUAUGAUUGUAAUGGCAGAAACACGUUCCACUUCUUUGUCCAAUACAAUUAAUGGUAAUCAAAAGAAGACAAACACUACUAAUACUGGUAAGAAAAAGAAGAGGAAGGCUAAGCAAGGUAAUCAACAAAAUCAACAUCGCGAGGAUACUCCUCCGCCACCGGAAGAUGAUCUUGCAAUAGAUCCGGAUGAACCAACAUAUUGUCUUUGUGACCAAAUUUCAUACGGGGAGAUGAUAUUGUGUGAUAAUGAUCUAUGCCCUAUUGAAUGGUUCCAUUUUUCAUGCGUUUCAUUGAGUACUAAACCAAAAGGUAAAUGGUUCUGUCCAAAAUGUAGAGGAGAUAGACCAAAUGUAAUGAAACCGAAAGCACAAUUUUUAAAAGAAUUAGAGAGAUAUAAUAAGGAGAAAGAAGAGAAAUCGUAGCAGGAGAGAGCUGGUGAGCAAUUUAAACUUUGGAAGACUUAAUUAAAAUUAAUGAAAACUUUUAAAAUAUACUUUGUAAUUUUAAGUAAAAUUUUUAAAAUCUCAUCAAAUAUAUCGUUUAACUUGUGACAACUAAUAAAAGAACUGAUAAAAGUUUGGUGAAACACAGAAUGAAAUUGUUUGGUUAUUAAAUGUGUUAUUGUAUAAAUAUGCGCGUGAACUAUCAUGUAAUCAAUUACAGUAGAAGAUAAAUUAUAUUUGUAUAAUAUUCACUAUUGUAAAUAUUGUGACAUCAAAAUAUUAAAUAAUAAGAGUGAAAUAGGUAUCUUGAUUACUACUGCAUAUGUUUCAAAAUUGAUUAAUACUUGUUAGUUCAAAGAAAUGC